GAGUCGAGCUGUGUUCAGUUGGCCGUCGUCUGUGGCUCAUGGUGCGUCGGCUCGGUGUGCUCUGAUCAGUCAGCUGGUGCCGCAGAUCUACUCACUUCACCCCCGAGGACCAACCCGACACCGCACCAACAUGAACGUAAUCGGCACUUGCCUUCUGGCUGCCGUGCUUUUCGCCACUGCCGAGUUCCAGGCGGAGGCUCAGAGACGAAGAGUCGCCAGCGGACCUAAUGGCUCUGCCGAGUUCGACUGUCCCGAUGAGUUUGGCUACUACCCCCACCCCACUGACUGCACCCAGUACUAUGUCUGCGUCUUCGGUGGAGCCCUUCUCGAGUCUUGCACCGGUGGACUCAUGUACAGCCACGAGUUGCAGACCUGCGACUGGCCUCGCAACGUCGGCUGUGGCGAAAAUGCGGCUGCUGCCGCGCCCUCCCAGGGCGUCAGCACUGUCAGGGUGACUGACUCACGAACCAGCACCAACAACUGGCGCGCUGGCCAUUCCACCCCGGCUGCCAGGCCCAUCCAACACCAGCAAAUCCAGCAGCAGAAUCAGUAUGAGGAUGUUGGAGAGGAGGAAAUUAUCGACAGACAGCAGAGAGUGAACAGAGGUCAGCCCAACACUGUUGGUCAGGUGGCCAGAGACAGAGAUGGCGCUCGUCUUAGCGUCACAAACAUUAUUCCCCUGCAGGCCAACAGCGGCCGUUCCAUUGGCGACAAAACUUACGUUUCUGCCCAGCAGUACACCAGUUCUUCGAAGACUGCACGACUUUCGGAAGACUUUGAACUCAUGACUAACCAAUUGUGGACAGAUGUGGAGGAAGGUAAGACUAACCUAACCAUGGCGUAUCGACGCCGACGCCGACGCAAACGCUGGACUGCCAACACUCACGCCAGACACAGAUUCGCCCGGUCCGCGCAAAGCGGCGAUUUCCCUGCGUGGCCUCUCAGACCCUCCACCCGCCAACCAACCUCCCAACCCUUUCGCAACCUUGACGACUUCUUUUCCUUCUCUAACACUUACCUGCAAAAUCCCGCGGGCACCUCGCUGACGCGCAACUCGCAGCCAAACCCGGCUCACACCACUCAAUUUACGUUCAGGCCCAAUACCAGUCCCUUCGGCCAAAACACCUCCCCCGUCACCACCCCUACCCCUCCCUCCGUGCCUCGUGUUCAGCCUACGGUCGACAUCGACACCUUCCUCGAGAACUUCAGGGCGCAGAAGGCGAUUGAGGCGUCGCGCGGCAACCAGCAACAGCAAUUCAGGUCCCCUGUGCAGAACUUCUUCGACCUGCCCAGCAUCAAACCCGCCCCAGUCCAGAACACUCCGGUCGCCUACGACAGUUUCUUUGCCCAAAAGCAGCAGGACGAGCAAGAAUAUGACCGAACGCCGAUCACAUACAGUCAGCAGCGAACGACGCCCGCACCGGUCCGCCACACGACGCACGCCGUUUUCGAGUACGAAGAGGACGUCACUCCUCCCCCGAGACGAGUCACCACUCCUGAAGCCCACUACAAUCAGGAAAUCGUAUACCAGAGUAGUCUGCCGCCUACUCGCACGUCUGCCAAGUCCACCCCCGCCAGGGUGAAACAAACUUUCGAUUUUGAUGACGACUCAACCCGUAAGGCCGUUUCACCCAUCCAGUUACCUCUGAACCCUGUUUCCUUCACGGCCGCCACCAGGGUCCCUGCUCCUGCGCCGAAACAACUGCCCAAGCAGCCCUCCACCCCGAAGACCUCGCUGUUCGACGAAUUCUUGCAGUCCACACUAAGGCAGCAUGCAACCGAGAAGCCGCGCCCGCAAGCGACUCUGAAGCCGGUGAAGCCCUUUGAGGCGAUUGACUACAUCACCAGAGGCCCGUCUACUACGGAGAACACGAUCAGUUUCGCCGAAAACACCGGCCGCAGCAGGCUCCCCAUCGAGCAGUACUUCACGCCCACCCCAGAAAGCCGUGCCACGACCCCCAGGUCAAGAGUGACCCAGCAGAGAUACAAGCCCAGCAAACAGUUCCUGCCCUCUCCUGAAGACCUGCCCGACGAGGUCGACGAAUUUCUGAGGCCGCACAUCAACAAAAUCACUGGUGGUGCCUCGCCGACGACGCCGCGUCCCUUCCGGCUGUCCACCGUGACCAACAGGCGGCCCCAGCAUCCCGUGAUUAAAGAGGAAAUCGUUCUGAUCACCCCUCCCCCGACUAAGCGUCCCCGUCCCACCACAACCACCACCACCACCACCACAACCACCACUACUACCACAACCCCCGCCCCUACAACCACCACAACUACUACCACAACCCCCGCCCCUACAACCACUACCACUACAACCCCGAGGCCACGCACCCGAACCCGAACCAAUCCCUCCCCAACGCCCUCCUACACCCAUGCACAGACUGUCCGACGUAGGCCGGUUGACAACCAGGAUGACACACGACAGAGUUCAAAGCGUCGUCCUGCCACUAGUAGAACUAGAGGAGCUAAUGUUAUCGCCACGAAAAGGCCCACUCAAUACGCUCCUACCACCCAAGCUCCUGUGCAAGUCGCAGCAAAUAACACGUACGGCUAUGAAGAUUAUGCCUACGAUGAAUACGAACAGCAAUACCCUACUGCCGUCGAACAACAGCAGCAGCAGCAGCAGCAGCCGCAGCCGCAGCAGCCCCUUUAUCGCGGACAGUACACCGUGCAGACCACCCCUACCGCUGCAGCGCCAGCUAUCCAGCAGGAAUACCGUCCUUCGCCAAGCUACGCCGCCGAACCUGCGGUCGCCCAGCCUCAGUACCCCGCUAAUAACUACGACUACGACGCCUAUCAGACCGAUGAUGAGAUCGCCUACCAGCAGCCUAGCCCUCAGCCCACACCCAAGCAGUCUAGCAGAGGCUCCUCUUCAUCGAAACAUUCAACAGAGCAUCUAACCACAACCACAACUACAACAACCACAACAACAAUUAAGCCGUCCGUCGCCCCAAUUACUGAGAGCGUUUCGUCAAGGAGUAGCAAACAGCGGUCCUUGGUCCGACCUACUUCGUCCCCAGAUAUGGUUUACCAACCCGAGCGACAGCAAAAGAGCAUUUCCAACCGCGGCUCUACCAAAGCCCGCACCCGCAUUUCCGAUUACGAAGCGAUUGACGCUGGAGACGAGGACCUCCCUUCUGGAGGUUACGACUCGGACAAUCGAGUUUCUGAAAGUCCCGUAACAAGCAGCAGGGCUAGGCCAACUGCUACUGCUGUCGAGGCCUCAGGCAAUUCCCAAAGGGGCAAAAGCUCGUCGAGCUCCAGAGGUCGCGGCAGUGUCAAGGCCGCAAGCCAUCGUCCCACCCUGAAACCUUCAGCCAAUAUUGUUUCCAAGGCCGUCGACUUCAUCGACAUCUACCGCUUCCCUCCUAGCAGGCCCGAGCCCAUCUACCCGACGCCCCGUGUGGACCAGACUGCUGCCAAGUGCCGUAAGGACGUGUGCCUGCUUCCCGAUUGUUAUUGCGGCGGCAAGGACGUUCCCGGUGGCUUCGCCGCCGAGCAGAUUCCGCAAAUCGUGCUUCUCACCUUCGACGAUUCUGUCAACGACCUGAACAAGGGUCUGUACGAGUCCCUGUUUGAGCGCGGCCGCGUCAACCCCAACGGAUGCCCCAUCGCUGCUACCUUCUACGUUUCCCACGAGUGGACCGACUACAGCCAAGUGCAAAACCUCUACGCCGACGGACACGAAAUGGCAUCACACUCCAUCUCUCACAGCUUUGGAGAACAAUUCUCGCAGAAGAAGUGGACCAGGGAAAUCGCCGGACAGCGUGAAAUCCUGUCUGCUUAUGGAGGCGUCAAAUUGGAAGACGUCCGAGGAAUGCGCGCACCCUUCCUUGCCGUUGGAGGCAACAAAAUGUUCAAGAUGUUGUACGACGCCAACUUCACUUACGACUCCUCGAUGCCGGUGUACGAGAAUAGGCCGCCCAGCUACCCCUACACACUCGACUACAAGCUUUUCCACGACUGCAUGAUCCCGCCCUGCCCCACCAAGUCCUACCCUGGUGUCUGGGAGGUGCCCAUGGUCAUGUGGCAGGAUCUGAAUGGAGGCCGCUGCUCCAUGGGAGACGCGUGCAGCAACCCGCCUACCGCCGAUGGCGUCUACAAGAUGCUGAUCAAGAACUUUGAGCGCCACUACACCACCAACAGGGCUCCUUUCGGUCUGUACUACCACGCCGCUUGGUUCACGCAGCCCCACCACAAGGAGGGCUUUGAGGCCUUCUUGGACACAAUUGUGGCUAUGGACGACGUGUGGCUGACCACUAACUGGCAGGCUAUUCAAUGGAUGAGGGACCCCACCCCCCUGAGUAGUGUCAAGAACUUCGCUCCCUUUGGCUGCAACUAUCAGUCGAGGCCGAAGCGGUGCAACAACCCGAAGGUUUGCAACCUGUGGCACAAGAGCGGUGUAAGGUACAUGCGCACGUGCCAGCCAUGCCCAGACGCUUACCCCUGGACCGGCAAGACGGGCGUCAGAAACAGCCGAGUGGACAAUAACGAGAUCGACGAGUAGUGAAGCACGCGCGAUCUAACCAGUGCCAGAAGAUGCAUAACGUGGACUGAUUUUUUACAGCAUUUUUUAUAAUCGACGACCGCAUUCUCUUAGUUAGUUUGUGCUAGAGGACUCAGCCAAAAAUUUUGUAUCAGCAAUGUAGCGAAAUGCACUGGCUGAAUCCUUUAGUUUUUUUUUAAUAUCAGUCCGGGACUGCUGCUUGGAUGACUUAUAAACAAAUUUUCUCUGAUUUUUAUAGAAAAGAAUCGUGUUUCUGGAAUACUUGGCUACUCGUGUCGUGUUUAAGCGCUUUCGUACCUCUGAAUUGCCAUUAAUGUACUGCAGGCGUGAUUUAUGUGGAUUAAUUCGUUCUCGAUCAGUUCUGUUAUCUUGCUCAACAUGAUUACAUUGUUGCUGCAAAAGUGCAGACGUAAUUAUCUUGUUGCCCGAUGCAAGAGGUACUCUCGCUUAGAAACCGAUUGAUUGUUUGAUGAGUACAAGAGGCAAAAUGUCCUCGCCAUAGCAUCGAGCAACAAGAUGGGGAGAGUGUCACUGUAUUUGUGCUUGAGGUGUUUGAACCAAUUGUAAUUUAAUCCUGUGUAGUUUCUAUUUAUUGCAGAUUUGUCGUGAAAAUUGAUAUUAUAAUAAAGUCAAAUACUUUCAGAA